CCAUCUUUUUCACCACCAUCAUCGUCUCCUUCUCCUUCCAUAACUAUCACAGAAAGCCACCGACUGGCCUAAUGGCAAGCCACAGUUCGUCAUUCUCCAGCUUCCCAGCUUACCUCCGAGCCCUCUCUCACACUCCUACUCGGCUUGCUCGCCGAGCUCUUUCCGUCUCUACUUCUUACGACGAGAUGAGCAAGGUGCGAGCUCGCUCGGGUUCCGACAUGCGCAAGACCCUUCGGUGGUAUGAUUUGGUUGGCCUUGGACUUGGCGGGAUGGUCGGUGCCGGAGUGUUCGUCACCACCGGCAGGGCCAGCCGUCUUUAUGCCGGACCCGCAGUCGUUAUCUCUUACGCCAUUGCCGGCCUCUGCUCCCUCCUCUCCGCCUUUUGCUACACCGAAUUUGCGGUUGACAUGCCGGUCGCCGGCGGCGCGUUCAGCUACCUCCGCGUCACCUUCGGAGAGUUCGCGGCAUUUAUUACUGGUGCGAACCUCGUGAUGGACUAUGUACUGUCAAAUGCCGCUGUUUCCCGAGGAUUAACUGCCUAUUUCGGCACUGCGAUCGGCGUCUCCACCGCAAAAUGGAGGUUCACCGUUCACUCUCUACCUGAAGGCUUCAACAAGAUAGACAUCGUCGCGAUGGCCGUCGUUUUGCUCAUCACCCUCAUUAUCUGCUACAGCACGAGGGAGAGUUCAGUGGUGAACUUGGUAUUGACGGCGCUGCACAUUCUGUUCAUAGCAUUUGUGAUCCUCAUGGGCUUUUGGAGAGGGAGCUGGAAGAACUUUAAGGAGCCGGGCAACCCGGCAAACCCAUCCGGGUUUUCUCCGUACGGAGCUUCGGGGGUGUUCCAGGGGGCAGCCAUGGUUUACCUUAGUUACAUAGGAUACGACGCCGUUUCGACUAUGGCCGAAGAAGUCCGAGACCCCGUCAAAGAUAUCCCCAUCGGCGUGUCAGGAUCUGUCGUCCUCGUCACAAUUCUCUACUGUCUGAUGGCCACUUCAAUGUCCAAACUACUCCCUUACGAUGUGAUCGAUACGGAAGCGCCAUUUUCGGCGGCGUUCAGUGGGAAAUCGGACGGCUGGGGAUGGGUUUCGAAGGUGAUAGGUCUGGGAGCCAGCUUCGGGAUCCUGACGUCGUUGCUGGUGGCGAUGCUGGGUCAGGCUCGGUACAUGUGCGUGAUCGGGCGGUCCAACGUGGUCCCUCCCUCGUUCGCUAGGGUCCACCCGAAGACCUCCACGCCUGUCAACGCUUCCGCUUUUCUUGGGAUCUUAACAGCUGCAAUCGCCCUUUUCACCGAUCUAGAUGUCCUUCUGAACUUGGUGUCCAUUGGAACACUCUUUGUGUUUUACAUGGUGGCAAAUGCUGUGAUCUAUAGGCGCUAUGUGGUGGCCGGCACAACCAAUCCAUGGCCUACAUUGUCCUUCCUCUGUUCCCUGUCCUUCACUUCUCUCAUGUUCACCCUCAUUUGGAAAUUUGUACCGUCCGGCAGGGCCAAGUUAGGAAUGCUCGUUGCAUGUGGUGUGAUUACCAUUGCAAUGUUGAACAUUUUCUACUGCAUGGUCCCCCAAGCACGCAAGCCAGAAUUCUGGGGCGUACCUCUCAUGCCAUGGAUUCCCUCUGUCUCGAUCUUUCUGAACGUGUUCCUGCUAGGCUCCCUCGACCGGCCGUCCUAUGUUCGGUUUGGAUACUUCUCAGCCUUCGCAGUGCUUGUCUAUGUCCUUUACAGUGUCCAUGCUAGCUUUGAUGCAGAAGGAGAUGGUUCUCUGAUUCAAAAGAGUGGUGAAGCUCGUGUGGAAUCCAAAGCAAGGGAGGACCAGAUUUUCAAAGUGUAGGUGGGUGAGGUCAUGCUGGCCAAAAAAACUAAACAAGCGUAGGUAAUAACUUAAUGUCAUUGUCAAGUACACUAUAAUUUGAGCUUUGAAAAAAAAACAAGUUCUGUCAAUUUAGCUUUUAGAGAAAAAAAUUAUUGUAAUGAUGAUAAUUAUCUUCUAAUGACUGAAUUGACAAAACAUUUUUGUUCUUUUCGUAAAGAUUCGAAUGGCAUGAGUUAGUCUUUUUGGGUUUUUUUUUUUGGGGUUAUCCAAGUGAGGAAUCUCAAGGUGACUUCAGCUUUUCAAUGGUUGAUGGUCACUUAGACUUGAGUGGAUGAUGAGAGGGAGAGAUUAAAUGGAAUACUUAGAGAGCAUAGUUUUUGCAGAAGUGGCGAAUUGUAUAGUUAGGCGGCCUAGGCUAUGAUAUAUAGCUUUUGUAAAUUCUUGGCUUAGAUUAUCCCAAAGAACAACAAUAAUUCUCACCUGCUUUUUUGACUCGUGAUUUCAACAUGCAUGGGUGUGUGAAAGUGAAAAGGAUAUAUAGUGCCAAAUAUACCCAGUGGAGCAGGAGCUUUUAGGGUUGAUUCCUUUUCUACAUGAGGUUGUGAAGGCUAGAUAUCGAGUGUUUUUUGUUUUUGUGUGAUACGUAUGAUUGUGGAUUAAGCAGUGAGGCAUGAUUAGAGGGAUAUGAAUGGCAUCUAAGCCACGUUACAAUUUGGAAUGAUCUCACAAUUUGUUGAGCGCAAGUGCUGUUUGUGGAUCUACUGAAUACUGAUAGUGAAGGCACCAAGCUAAGUACUGUUGUUGUUGUAAGUGCACGUCAUGUCAUUCUCCAAAUGAAGAUAACACCUCUGGCAUUGUUGACAGUGAAUAAUAAUAGUUUACAUGAUUAAA